AUGCUAUCCACACUCCAACCACCGCGCUCACUCUCCCACUUCCGCCGCCGCCCCACCUCCCUUAAACCCCUCUCCUCCUUAUCCUCACAGCCCGUCACCCACUCCACCCUCACAGACCAAUCCCAUUCACCCUCCCAAAUCCUCUCCACCCGCGACUCCCUCCUCUCCCGCCAAAUCACCGCCGCCGAGCUCGCCGAGUCCUUCCUCGCCCGCCUCCGCCGCACCGAGCCCCACCUCCGCUCCUUCCUCCACGUCUCCGACGCCGCCGUCCUCGCCCAGGCCCGCGACCUCGACGAGAAGCUUCGCCGGAAUGAGGAGGUGGGCCCCCUGGCCGGGGUGCUCGUGGCCGUGAAGGACAACAUAUGCACGGCGGAGAUGCCGUCCACGGCGGGGUCGAGGGUUUUGGAGGGGUACACGCCGCCGUAUGAUGCCACUGCUGUGAGGAAGAUUAAGGAGCUGGGUGGGAUUGUGGUGGGCAAGACCAAUUUGGAUGAGUUUGGGAUGGGCAGCACCACCGAAGGCUCCGCCUUUCAGGUGACUGCAAACCCAUGGGACACGACACGGGUGCCAGGAGGGUCAUCAGGAGGCUCGGCUGCAGCGGUAUCUGCUAGGCAGAGUAUGGUUUCGUUGGGAAGUGAUACUGGUGGAAGUGUGAGGCAGCCGGCAUCGUUUUGCGGUGUUGUAGGGUUGAAGCCCACGUAUGGGCGUGUUUCGAGGUUUGGACUUAUGGCGUAUGCGUCAUCACUUGAUGUUAUUGGCUGCUUUGGAACAUCUGUUGCUGAUGCUGGGAUUCUUCUUCAUGCAAUUUCUGGUCAUGACAGGCUUGAUGCCACCAGCAGCAAGCGUGAGGUUCCUGAUCUUGCACCUCACUUUAUUUCCACUAGUUCGCUACAGUCGAAACCUCUGAAAGGAUUAAAAAUUGGUCUGAUUCGUGAAACUCUCGAUGAUGGUGUUGAUAUUGGAGUAACUUCUGCAAUUCGUACUGCUGCACUGCAUCUUGAAGAAUUAGGAUGCUCCGUAACAGAGGUCUCACUACCAUCUUUCUCACUUGGAUUGCCAGCCUACUAUGUUAUUGCUUCAUCCGAGUCAUCUUCGAAUUUAUCACGUUAUGACGGUCUCAGGUAUGGAAACCAAGUUGCUGCUGAUGAGCUGAACUCUCAGUACAUGGAUUCCCGAGCCAAGGGAUUUGGAUCUGAGGUCAAAAGGAGAAUUCUUACUGGAACAUAUGCCCUUUCAGCUGGUUAUUAUGAUGCAUAUUAUAAACGAGCCCAGCAGGUGAGGACUAUAAUCCGGAAAAGCUUCAAGGCGGCACUGGAUGAACAUGACAUUUUAAUCUCACCUGCUGCUCCGUCUGCUGCUUAUAAGAUUGGUGAAAAGAAAAAUGAUCCAUUAGCUAUGUACGCGGGAGACAUAAUGACGGUUAAUGUUAACUUGGCAGGUCUACCUGCAUUGGUUCUGCCAUGUGGAUUUGCCCAAGGGGGGUCAGCAGGCCUUCCAGUUGGUCUUCAAAUGAUCGGUGCAGCAUUUGAUGAGGAAAAGUUGCUUAGAGUGGGUCACAUUUUUGAGCAGACCCUUCAGAAUUGCAGAUUUGUUCCUCCAUUGAUAGCAGAUGAAGACAUAUCAUUCUAGCAACCAAUUGAUUGUUGGAUGUGCUUAUUAAGAAGAUAUUUUGUAACAUUGUAAUCUAUCAAAAAAGAAUUAGUAGGUUAGAUUGAGCAACAUUAGAUUACAAAUCUGUUUCUACUUUCCGAUUCGAGUCUGGAAGGUGCUUUAGGUCAACAAACAAUUGGAUAGAGGAACCGCAGCAAUUUAUGUUCUCU